CGUAGAUCACGUAUUUCCUCUUGUAAACAAUAAUUUAUAGUGCGCAAUGAAAUGAAAAAUGUUUGGAUUUGUUGUUUGAAUAUAAAUUAAUACCCAGAAAAGCAAUUUUAAUAUCACAUUAAUAGCCUGUUGCAUAUGUACCGUUCCACAACUUCAUACCUUUUCUAGGUUAUACCUAUUGACUUUUAAUAAAUGAACGAACAAUAAUGGCUUUGGCUGGGAUAAAAGUGCUUGAACUAGCUGGGCUUGCACCCACACCUUUUGCUGGGAUGAUCUUGGCUGAUUUUGGUGCAAAGGUCGUUCGUUUAGAUCGAAUUGUUGAAAGUACCCCUGACACAAUGGCAAGGGGGAAACGUUCUAUUUGUGUUGAUUUAAAGCAAGCAGAUGGUGUAAAUGUGGUCAGAAAACUUGCCAAGAAAUCUGACGUUUUGAUCGAACCAUUUCGACCAGGUAUAAUGGAAAAGCUUGGCCUUGGCCCUGCAAGGUUAUUGGAAGAAAAUCCACGGCUAGUUUAUGUUCGUUUGAGUGGUUUCGGGCAAAAUGGUCCAUACAGGAAUAAAGCUGGGCAUGAUAUUAAUUAUAUCGCAACUUCUGGUGUGUUGUCCAUGCUGAGACGUAAAGAUGAAAAACCUACAGCUCCUGUCAAUUUGUUGGCUGAUUUUGCAGGUGGAGGACUAACCUCAGCAUUUGGUGUUGUUACUGCUUUGUUUGAAAGGGAAAGAUCUGGAAAAGGUCAAGUUAUUGACGCAAACAUGGUCGAGGGGUCAGCGUACGUCUCGUCAUUUUUGUUUUGCAAUCGCUUUUUGAUGCCGAAUCCACCGGGUGAGAACAUACUUGACACCGCAGCUCCAUUUUACGACACGUAUCAAACCAAGGACGGAAAGUUUGUUUCUGUUGGUGCUAUUGAACCAAAGUUUUACAACAGGUUUAUUGAAGGAUUAAAGUUAAAAUUAGAUCCUGGCAACCAAAUGAAGAUGGAUGAAUGGCCUCGAACAAAAGAGAUCAUUCGUCAUGCGAUUCUUCAACACACGAGGGCAGAGUUGAGCGAAAUAUUCAGCGAUGAUGACAACUGUGUGAUGCCUGUCUUAGAUUAUGAUGAAGUUACUUCAGACCCUCAUAACAAUGAACGCCGAUCUUUUUUCACUGAUCCGAGUGGAAAACAUAUCCCCAUACCAGCCCCACGCCUAUCUAGAACUCCUGGAACCCCAGACAGGGGUGCGCAGCCCAUGGUAGGGGCGCAUACACGUGAAGUCCUUACUGAGUAUGGCUUCUCCGGACAAGAUAUUAAUCAUUUGCUUAAAAUUGGUGCUGUGCAUGAUACUAAUAGAAGCAAAUUAUAAUUCAAAUUUUGUUGUUGGUUUUGUAUGGUAUGCCUAAUUACUGUGUGCACUAUUAAUUUAUUAUUAAUUUGUUGAAAUUUACUGCUGACUGCUAUGUGUUUAUUCUAAUAAAACUUCAAAAACCUUUUCAAUACGGCAGCGUUUCUUUCAUUUCAUGAAAAUAUUUUACACGGAAUCGCCAUAUUUUUCUUAUGAAUUAGUGGCACAAUUUAGGAAUAAUUAGAAAAUCUGAUAGAUAAUAUUUAAACCUGUUUACAUUUUUUCGUUAUAUACAUUUAAAAUUACUGUUCUUAAACUGUUGCUCUGUUCUUUCUAUCUAAUUAUGACCUAUAAAAAUUAAUAAAUAAGAGAUCAAAAA